GGGAUAUGAAAUGUUCGAAUAUAUUAGUUAGCAAUACCGGCAUCCUGAAACUGGCGGAUUUUGGUCUGGCGAGGAAAACGGUGCUGCAAGAAAGGAUAGAAAAGAGGCUCACGCCUGGUGUCGUCACACUAUGGUACCGUCCGCCCGAGGUGAUUCUCGGGGCCACGAGCUAUGACUACAAGG